AUGGCAACGGUCACAACGGUAGAAUACUCUGUUCUCGUCAAUGGAAACCCACAAGGACGUAUUAAGCCUGAACGUGGAUUACGUCAAGGAGAUCCGUUAUCCCCUUAUCUCUACAUCUUAUGCGCAGACGUUCUAAGUCACAUGAUUGAUACAAAAACUCGACGUGGGGACAUUCGUGGAAUCAGAAUUGGCAAUGGAGUUCCGGCGGUUUCUCAUCUAUUAUUUGCAGAUGAUUCUCUGUUUUUCUGUCAGGCUAAUAACAGAAACUGCAAAGCACUCAAAGAUACGUUUAGAGUUUAUGAGGAGUGGUCUGGUCAACAAAUCAACCCAAUGAAGUCGACAAUCACGUUUGGUUCACGAAUCCCUGGGGAUCUACAGAACCGGUUAAAAGGCAUUCUUGGCAUCAACAAGCAAGGAGGAGGUGGCAAAUAUCUUGGAUUACCAGAGCAAUUUGGUAGAAAAAAGAAAGAGAUGUUUCAAUCUAUCAUCAAUAAAGUGGGACAAAAAACAUCGGAUUGGAGUGGGAAGUUCUUAUCAUAUGCAGGGAAAGAAGUGAUGAUCAAAUCGGUGGGAGUGGCAAUGCCAGUUUUCUCUAUGUCAUGCUUUAAACUUCCAGCGAACAUCACUGAUGAAAUUAGCUCUCUCCUAAUGCGUUUCUGGUGGGAUAAAGGAGAUAAGAAUAGAGGCAUCCCUUGGGUAGCUUGGAAAAGACUUCAGUUUUCAAAAAGAGAUGGUGGUUUAGGUUUCAGAGAUCUUCCAAGAUUUAAUGAUGCUCUUUUAGCUAAACAGGCAUGGAGAUUAUUAAAGCAUCCACAUACUCUAUUUGCUAGAUUGAUGAAAGCGCGUUAUUACAAAGACACUACGAUUCUCGAAGCAAAACAUCGGACAAAUGAAUCAUAUGGAUGGAGCUCUAUAGUGACAGGCUUAACGUUGUUAAAAAAAGGACUUAAAAAAGUGAUCGGAGAUGGAGAAACAACGAGAGUGUUUGGAGAUAAUUGGCUACCGUGUCAUCCACCCAAAACAGCAACUCGUCAUGCAGGACAAGAAGAUAUCUUCGUUAAAGAUUUGAUUGUGGAUUUUGGAAGCUCAAGAAAGUGGAAUAUGCAGAUGGUGGAAGAGACUCUUACUCCUGCAGACCAAAAUUUACUUCAGAGAAUAUACUUGCCACAAAAUAAGAAACAAGAUUGCACGGUGUGGGGCUAUGAUAAAUCUGGCGUUUAUACAGUUAAAAGCGGUUAUUGGCUUGCAUUUAGGAAGCAUCUUCAAGAUAAUCCUAACAUUCUUAUUCCUCACGGUGACCCGGUGUUAAAGGAGAAAAUUUGGAGACUACAGAUCAUGCCAAAGAUAAAACACUUUUACUGGAGAGUUCUGUCACAAGCAAUACCUACAGCUACUAGAUUGAUCUCGCGUGGAAUGAACAUUGAUAGAACCUGUCAACGGUGUUGUGCUGCAGAUGAAACAAUUAAUCAUACACUUUUCUCAUGUCCACACUCGGUAAUGGUUUGGAGAAUAUGCAAUCUUCCCUGGCAACCUCUGAAUCUGCAUGAUGAUAAUUGUGAUGAACAAGUAUCUAAGCUGCUAGAAUUACAAAAUAUGAGAGGCUUAACUGAUUUUCAGAAACUCUUCCCAUUGUGGCUGGCUUGGCGCAUAUGGAAAUCACGUUGUCGUUUAAUUUUCAGAAAAGAGGUUACGCUACCACAUCUUAUUGUUCAACAAGCUCAGGGAGAUGUCUUGGAAUGGUUAAAAUCACGAGAUACUUUACAUUCUCAAGCUGCGGGAUCUGGAAAUAAUGGAAGUGGAUCAUUGACAAGGAAUCUAACAUGGCAACGGCCUACUCUGGGUUUUCAUAAGUGUAAUUUCGAUGCAAGUUUUAAUCUGCAUUCAAAUCUUUCGAUGGCCGGAUGGAUAGUGAGAGAUCAUGCAGGCGUAGCUCUCUCUUGGGGAACAACUAAUUUAGGUUUGUCAUCUUCAUCUUUAGAGGCAGAAGCAAAGGCUCUUCUCAUUGCAAUGCAACAAGCAUGGAGUUUGGGUUUGGAUCAUGUUAUUUUUGAAGGAGAUUGUAAGAUUCUUAUUGAUAAAACUACCAAUCUCGUCUUUGUCAGAUUCAUUGAUUUAAAUGGGAUUGGGAUUCUGCAUGCCGAACCAGCGGUGUAUCGAUGA